AUGGAGUCAUCAUCAAAUGAUUGUAUGCUGUACAAGCUGUGUACAAUGAAAGGUGUUCUAGCAAUUCGAUAUGGUGUUCAAGAUCUUUUAGAUCUGAGAAGAUGUGAUUUUGCGGAUUUACGUAGUAUUGAUUCAACAAAUCUAGCAAUAAUGGCAUUUACGCAAGCAUCGGUAAAUGUGCCACAAAAUCAUGUCCGUGCAAAGCAAAAGGUGUUAAAUGUUGCACGAAGUCCCAGAUUUCAAAUUCUCUCGUACCAGACCGAAGCUUUUCACAUGCAUUUACUUUUCAUGACUGUUCUUUUAGCGCUUAAUGGUGCUAACGCAUUUGUUAACAAGCAAAAAGAACUCCGAGUUACAGCUUUUUCAUGGCAAAACUGCGGACCAAGUAGCGAUCCAAUUCAAAUUAAAUCACUUUCAGUCAGUCCAGAUCCAAUUUUAGUACCUGGCAAUCUGACUCUUAGUCUCACUGUUAAUGUUGCAUCGACAAUUACAAACGAUACUCAUGCUGCAGUGGCCAUGGAACGAAAAGUGGGCGGCGUCUUUGUUAAAGUUCCAUGUGUUGAUAACUUUGGCUCCUGCACUUAUGAAGAUCUCUGCAAAGAUUGGGCCUCAGCUUGUCCGAAAUACUUUGAAAAGUAUGGUGUUCCCUGCAGCUGCCCAAUUCCUCCUAAGACUUAUACCAUAUCCGAUGCUGUUAUCGGCAUCAACGGACAUUUACCAUCUGUAGGCGGCGGUGAAUAUCGAAUAACUGCCAAUCUUCUUUCGAGUAAAGCUCAUCUUGGCUGUAUUAAACUUCAAGUUACUCUUAAAAAGGAUUAA